UGGGUGUUUCUAAUAAAGUGGACAUUUAGUGGAAGUGAAAAGUUGGUGUUUCUAAUAAAGUGGCCAGUGAGUGAAAGUCAUUUAAAUACUGCUGCUGCUGUCAUUCUUCUCGAGUUAGUGCCCUCCCCGUUCUGUGUGCAGUCUGGGAUGUCAGCAGCAUCCUGUCACAAGCUCGCCGCCGAAGGAGGAACUAGGUUAGCCUGCGACCCAGAACAGCGUGCAGAAUGUCGAGCUCACUGGUUGUGUGUGAAGUGGACCCAAGCCUGAAGGAAAAACUGAAGAAGUUUCGCUUUCGGAAGGAGACCACGAACGCCGCCAUACUGAUCAAAAUUGAUAUGGAAAAACAACUGGUCAUCUUAGAAGAGGAGUAUGAGGACAUCUCACUGGAUGACCUGAGGGAGGAGCUUCCAGAGCGACAGCCCAGAUACAUAGUGUACAGUUACAAGCUGACACACUCAGAUGGGCGAGUGUCGUAUCCGCUGUGCUUCAUCUUCUCCAGCCCUGUAGGCUGCAAACCUGAACAGCAGAUGAUGUACGCCGGCAGCAAAAACAGACUGGUCCAAUCAGCAGAGCUGACCAAGGUGUUCGAGAUCCGGAACGCAGACGACCUGUCUGAGGAGUGGCUGAAAGAAAAACUGUCUUUCUUUCGCUGAUUCGCUCUGUUCAUCAUCAGAGGAGCUGAUGCUCAUUUUAACGUCGACUUUUACGUUUUUGGUACCAGUUUUGUGGAAAACCACAUUUUUCUAAGACUUUUGUUAAAUUUAAAAACGUGCCGUUCACUCCUCCGUCCACAGCUGCCAAAACAGCCUGUUUGGAAUUCUUUGUUGUUGUUUUUUUUGUGACAUCACAAAAACCAAUGCAUUUUCAUAUCUAUAUCCGCCUAUUCAGCCUACAGCAGUUUAGCCCCGCCCACUCACACAGACAUCAUCAGAAGUGUUUCGGCUCAGACUACUUCUGGAAUCAAGCGCAAUACAGAGCAGCCAAUCAGAACAGAGCUCAUUUACAUAUAUCACUUAAAAAGCACAGCCUGUUUAUUCCAAAUUGAUAGAGGUUAAAAAAUAAAUGGUAAAGUUUAUAAAAUGACUGUUUUUGGUGUGAAAUAUGAAAAAUAACAGUGAUUAGGGUCCCUUAACAAUGCAGAUGUUUUAUUGUUAUGAAUCGUCAUACGACUGUUUUUCCUGUUGAUUGAAAAUGAUUAAUUAAGGUUAAAUACACUGAAAACGAGUCUGUGGAUCCAGCACUUCAUUACGCUGAUAUACAGGCCGAGUUAAUGUAACACAUCACAGCAGGGAGGGAACUUUCUACCUGCAGUUCCAGCAACAAACAAGCUUUUGCUUUUUUCUGUUAUUCUGGAAUCUUAAAAAAAGAUGUUUUUUAUAUUUUGCAGUGUAAAAUGAAUAAUAAAUCGCGUGCUCUCUGAACUGAC